AUGAGGCUGACGCAUAACAAGCUUCACCGGACGCUGAUUCAUUUCAAGCUGUUUGAGGAGAGGGUGGGUGACGUGGUGCAGCUGUUGAAGAUGUGCUAUGGGAAUGAGCAUGCUUCUGGGAUUCGGGAUGUGGUUGUUCACCAUGCGGCGUGUCAUGCUAAGCUGCUUUGGGGAGAUCGCGAGUUUGUGGAUCUCGUGGGGUCUAAUUGUAUUCAUGAGUGUAUUGUGAUUUUUCCCUCUCCAACCCUCAUCGACUUUGAUUCCACGAGAGUAACGCUUUCCAUGGCGCCCGAGGCAAAGUUCACGUUUACCAAUGUCCCUUCAUCCGAACAAAUAGUGUUCGUCUGCUCGGACAACACGACAAGAUGCAAAAUUCACGAGCACGCUUUACUACAGCGUUUCCCUCAUAUGAAAAGACAGAUAGAAGAACAAAGAAAUGCCAACCCUGAUCAAGACGUUGAAUUACCAUUUCAGGGUACCAAGUCGGAAUUUGAAGCAUUCUUCCAGUACAUAUAUACAGGAACUUACGACAGUCCUGAGCCAAUACUGGUAAUUCGCAAAGCCGAGAGCAAGGACCUUGGCUGGCCCCGCAAGCCAAUCGCUAAGUGCAAUACCAGUAACCAAAACGAUAGCCCCAAAGCAGCUGAGCAGAAAAAGGCCUGCAACCGUUGUCAUGACGCUUUGUGCAAGAGUUUCCGAGCUGAGCUUUCCAGCCUGAAGGAACAAGUUCCCAACGGGGUUCACUAUUCCCGACCAAACACGAAUCCACACGAAAGCUACGAGAACAUCUUUAAAUGGCAUGUCGACAUAUACCUUGUGUCCGGAAUGAGAUUCUUUUCACUGGCCACGUUGGCAAAAUACAAGUUGCAUCAAUCACUGAUCAGCUUUCAGCUACAUGACCAGAGACUUGUCGACAUCAUCAGGCUUCUUGAGUACUGUUAUGACAAAGACCGCCUGUUUUAUGAGAUAAGAGCAAUCGUUGCUCAUUACGCAGCCAUCCAUGUAGAUAAGCUUUGGAAAAUAGGAGACUUUCAGACAUUUGUGAGAAGCAACGGCGACUUUGCGGGGGACUUGAUGGACGUCCUUGUCAACCAACGGCUUUUCUUUGAAUCAAUUAUGCAGUAA